AUGCUGAUCUUCUGUGCUGGCUUCCUGGUGCCGUACUUCAUUCGCCGGCUGCAGAACGAGGAGACGCUCCAGUGGUACCACAUGUUCAUCAUCCACUGCACGCCCACGCAGCCUCAAGACCCCAAGAUCGACCUGUGGCUCAAGCGCGCGUUCACGCCGCAUUUGCUGCAGGACGACGAGAAGCGCGAGCUGGGCAUGGAGGUGGACGACGCGGAGGACGGCGCCAAGGACGAGCUCGCGAAGCCGCCGUCGAAGAACCUCGCGGUGCGCGCAUUCAACAAGGUCAAGACACUGCUGUACCGGUCCAUCUUCAUGGACGUGGCGUCGGUGCAGAAGGACAACCACGGCGCCGUGCAGGCGCAGGAGGUGGCCGUGGUGUACGACAACAAGACGGAGUACCUCUACUCGCUGCUGCAAGUCGUCACAGCGUCCUUCGCCUCCUUCUCCCACGGCUCCAACGAUGUAGCGAAUGCUCUCGGCCCCCUGGCUGGCGUCUACCAAAUCUGGAGCGAAGGCGUCUUCACCACCACAGCCGAAGUACCCCGGUGGAUGCUUGCAUACUCGGGGAUUGCUAUCGACUUUGGCCUCGCCCUCUAUGGCUACAACAUCAUGCGCAACCUCGGCAACAACCUCACCUACCAGUCACCCUCGCGCGGGUUCUGCAUGGAGCUCGGAGCAGCCCUUGCUGUCAUCACGGCCUCGUUCCUGGCGCUGCCGGUCUCAACCACGCAAUGCAUUGUUGGCUCCACUGUCGCUGUCGGCCUGUGCCACGGCAAUUGGCGCGCCAUUAACUGGGCGAUGGUUGCUGUGGCUGGCUUCGGUUGGCUGCUUACAUUACCACUGGCGGCAACUGUUUCUGGGCUUCUGUUUGCCCUCCUCACCCGUGGCCCUAGCUUCACCCUGCCACCUGGCAUGAGCUAA